AUGGCGGCGCAAGUCAUCUCCAACUCUGGCCAUGAUGAUAUGAUUCAUGACGCCGUCCUCGACUACUACGGUCGCAAGCUGGCCACCUGCUCCAGCGACCGCACUAUCCGAAUUUUCGAAAUCGAAGGCGAGACCCAGCGUUUAAUUGAGACUCUUAAGGGUCACGAAGGUGCCGUCUGGUGCGUCGCUUGGGCGCACCCCAAGUACGGCAACAUUCUCGCAUCCGCCGGUUAUGACGGCAAGGUUUUCAUCUGGAAGGAACAAGGACCCCAGCACCAGUGGCAGCGCAUCUACGACUUUCCGCUACACAAGGCCUCGGUCAACAUUGUUUCGUGGGCACCUCACGAGGCUGGCUGCCUACUAGCCUGCGCUUCUUCCGACGGAAACGUCAGCGUUCUUGAAUUCAAGGACUCGGCCUUUGAUCACACCACGUUCCACGCUCACGGCCUCGGCGUCAACUCCGUCUCCUGGGCUCCCGCUACCGCUCCCGGCAGUAUCGUCAGCAGCUCUCCCGGCCCCGCUGCCGCCGGUAACCGCCGCUUCGUCACUGGUGGCAGUGACAAUGUCGUCAAGAUUUGGGCUUUUGACCCGGCCAGCCAGUCGUACAAGCAAGAGGUAGAGGCCCUCACUGGCCACUCAGACUGGGUUCGCGACGUUGCCUGGUCUCCCACCGUCCUCAAAAGGUCGUACAUUGCAUCCGCUUCACAGGACAAGACAGUUCGCAUCUGGACCUCGGACUCGACGACCGAUGGCGCUGCCCAGUGGGAAUGCAAGACGCUCAACUUUGAGGCACCCAUCUGGCGCGUAAGCUGGUCCCUCAGCGGUAACGUGCUUGCUGUCAGCGGCGCCGACAACAAGGUCUCACUGUGGAAGGAGAACCUCCGCGGCGAGUGGGAGUGUGUUAAGAAGAUUGAGGACUAA